AACCAGCAGCAGCAGCAGCUUGACAGCGACGCUGAUCAGAGACAGAGAUCAGCUGGUUCUGGUCCUGGUUCUCCCCCUGAUUCCCGGUUCUCCUCUGGUCCAGAGCUCCAGGUCCCCGGUUCUACCCCCGGUUCUCCCCCUGGUCCAGGUCCCGGCAUGUCGGGCCCGGCCCCCCCUCACCCCCGCCGGCUCCAGCUGGACGACACGGAGCCGCUGACGGCGCUGAUCGAGGCCAGCCAGAGCCUGCACAGCCACACGGAGUACAUCAUCCGGGUCCAGAGGGGCGUGUCCUCCGACAACAGCUGGCAGGUCGUCCGCCGCUACAGCGACUUCGACGUCCUCAACAGCAGCUUGAUGGUGUGCGGGAUCACCCUGCCCCUCCCCCCCAAGAAGCUGAUAGGGAACAUGGGGCGGGACUUCAUCGCGGAGCGGCAGCGCGGCCUGCAGUCCUACCUGGACCACAUUACCCAGCAUGCCCUGCUGUCCACCUGCCUGGCGGUGAGGAGGUUCCUGGACCCGGAAAACUACAGCUGCAACUACACAGAACUCGCCCUCCAGCAGGUCUCCAUGUUCUUCAGGUCCGAUCCAAAGUGGGAGAUUCUGGAGCCGCUGAGAGACGUCGGGUGGAGGAUCAGGAAGAGAUACUUCCUCGUCAAAAACAAGACACAGCCCAAGGAACGGUACCUGCUGAGCUGGGUGGAUCUGGGUCCGGAUAAGUUCCUGUCAGACAAAGACCUGCAGUCGGCCCUGAAGCUGCUGACCCUCCUCCCGGUCUCCUCCUUCGACCCGCUCCUCUUCAGCAGCAGCAGUGAAUCCUCAGCUCUGCUGAUCAGGACCUUCAGGGAGACGGGAACGCUGAGAGACCAGCUCUGUAAAGUGAAGCCCCGGGACUCGUACCUGAGGAAGUACGGGAACCCCCGGAGGAGCCGGGGCCUGGAGCUGCCCCAGGUCCGGCUCUACGGCCGGCAGGUCCUGGAAUCCCUGAAGACGCUCCACGACUCCGGGAUCUUCUACGGACAUCUGCACGCCGCCAACGUCGCCGUGGACGACGGCGGCUGCCGCCUGCUGGACGUGGAGAACGGCAUGCUGGGAGUUCCCUCCGUGCUGAGGCCGGAGUUCACCCAGCUGAGGAAGAUCAACACCACCGAGAGCAUCGACGUCUUCUGCUUCGGUCACCUGCUGUUCGAGAUGCUGUACGGAAAACCUCCGGACCGGGUCCCUCUGGACCUGGACCAGGACCAGGACCUGGACCGGGACCUGGACCCCGCCGGGCCCUGCUCCGCUGUGGUGUCGGUCCUCAGGUCCAUCUUGUCCCCAGAAUCCUGUAAAACCGGGAUGCCGACGGUGUCGUCGCUCCUGCAGACGCCGUUGUUCCGUGACGUCCAGCUUCAGAACUCGGAGAAGCUCCAGAUGAAGGUUCCCGGCCGGCUGAAGGAGGCGCUGAAGGCUGCCAAGGAGAGUCUGGAGAAAAGGCUGCGGGAGGAGCAGAGGCUGCUGCACCAGCACCGGAGACUCACCAGAGCUCAGUCUCACCACGGAUCAGAGGAGCAGAAGAAGAGGAGGAAGAUCCUGGCCAGGAAGAAAUCCAGACAGUCGACGUACGAAAACGAAGACGACGCCUCGACCAGGAACAACAACAACUCUGGUUCUGGAGCCAGCUCUCCCCCCACUUGUCCCUCGUCCCCGACCCCCCCGUCCACCACAGGUACGUCCCCAUCUCCCUCGACUCCGCCCCCUCCCCCCGUGGCUCCGCCCCCUCCGUCGGCUGACUCCUCCCCCUGCCCGGCCCCUCCCUCCCUGUCCUCGGAGGGGGGGGGCCGCAACGCCCUGCUGAGCUCCAUCCAGACCUUCAGCAAGGGGAAGCUGAAGAAGGCCCCGCCCAUCUGACCCCGCCCCCCCAUGUGACCCCGCCCCCCCAUCGACCCGGUGGCCGUCGCCACGGCGACGGACCGAACCUCCCAGAUGUGAAAACGAAUGAGAAGAAAUCCAAGUAUCUAUUUUUGUAUCCUCCCUUCUCCUGGGGGGGCGGGGCUUUCUCCCGCCAAACAAGCCCCGCCCCCAUAAGGGGGAGGAGUCAAACAGCAUCUGCAGACGUCUCCAUGGCAACGGCAGCUGGAUGAAUGAACUUUGGCUGCUGAUGGUUUUUGCUUCGCUCUGGUUUCGCCGGAUCCAGAUCCUGGACCUGGACCUGGACCCGGAUCCCCCUGGA